AUGCGCGAGAGCAACUUUGCUUUCCCGGCCCAGAACAAGGCGUGUGUAUGUAUCACAUCUCAGCUAUAUGACCGGCGAGCCUUGGACACCUCGUCCCCGCUGCCGUUGUUCAACUCGCUCACCCAUCUUACCUACCUGACCUCAACGUCGCCUCGCUUGUACGCAUUCUUCACGACUUUUGCGUGGCUCCUCCCCCCUCCCCAAUCGCCUGCAGCCUUCUAUGGCCUUCUUCCGUCGACCUACAGGGCUCCAAGAGGAACUCCUCAACUCAACCCUCCCGCUGGCCAAUUCGACAAGCAUGCGGCCUAUCGCUUCAGCUUGGCCUUCCAAUGCGUUGUGAACAUCGGAGUUCGCGGUAGUGAGCCUAUCAGAAGUAGGGUGGUCCAAGCCGGGACGCUUGAUGUUGUCGGUUGUAUUCUCGAGGCUUGGUUGGCUGGUCGGGGUUUUGCUGUCGGUCCGAGCACGAGUGCAACUGGACUUCCUAGAGAGACCCGUCAGUCAAAAGCCGCUCGUAGGGCAGCUGCCGCCGCCAGAGGAAGGCCUGACCAAAAUCCGGAGACAAUACCAGGACCAGAACGGCUUCUUGCUAUCGACACCUAUAUACCAGCAACAGACGAUGUAGAGUCUGCCACCACUCCGAUCAUGAGAGAUCGCAGCGCAACUGUUGUGCGUCGUGCCCCCAACCCAGACGAAAUAUAUGCAGCCAUUGCUCAACCCCAACCUGCUCCGCCUUCCCCUUCACUUUCCGUGAUCAGCUCAACAAGCACGGGGGCAAGAACUAGGAGUCGUGCGAGUUCGGUUGCUUCGCCUAUUACGAUCAGUCGGGCUUCUCCAGUCAGCAGUGCAGUCAGCAGCAGUCGAGCCAGUCCAAGUCCAAGUACUCGGACCGACACUGAUACGGACGGAGACGGUGAUGUCGAAAUGGUUGCCGCUGGCGUUGCCGGUCUGGGCGUUGCUGCGACAACAACCGCGGCAAUCGGUGACUCGAGCACAAGUGCGAGUCCCAGUCCCCCUCCCCUCAACAGGGUGACUCAGCCAGGCGAUCAGGCUCCUGCUGCAGCGAUGAAUAUGAACAUGAACCUGAAUAUGAUGACCGCUAUGAUGGGUAUGGAGGGAAUGACGAUGAUGGGCCUUACUCGCGACCCUAGGAUUGCUGGUGUUGAAGACGGAAUGGGCAUUCAGGGCAUGGGUAUCGGCGGAGAGGAGGGCAUGGAGGGGGAUGCUACCAACCUAAUGCUCAAUAUGGGCAUGAUGAAUCCUGACGUUGGCAUGCUCGGUCUCGAUGGUAUGGCAAUGAUGGGGAUGAACCUCAAUAUGGGUAUGAAUAUGGGUGGUCCGUUGACCAUGAUAGGUGGAAUGACAAUGGCUGAUGUCAGCGGCUCUGGGGCAGAGUCAGAGGCCCGUGCUGACACCGACGCGGAUGCCGAAGAAAGCGACGCUGGAACCAGCAAUAUCCAUCUCGGGCGACGGAGGGGUGAUGACGAAACCCAAACACAGACACCACGUGCUGGGUUAGCCCGCCUCCCUUCUGCAUCGCCUGAAGCAGGGCCAUCAGGCACUUCCACUUCGACUCUCAAUGAUGAAGACGAGGAGGAAGGCCAAGUUGUUGCUGCUAUUCGUGGCAGUGCCAGCAACUCUGGGACUAUGCGUCGAACUGGUACUGUUCGCGCUACCUCAGUUCGCUCUGUAUUUGCAGAGGCUUCUUCACCUGCUCGGUCGAGAGAUCGUGCUGACACAGCUAGACAGCCAGCAGUUUCUCCUACCUCCAAUUCAGGACCGUCACGAACCCAUCAGGCCACUGCCGCGGCCAACGCUUCUCGUCCCCAACCUAAUCCAGCUACAGCCGGACGCAAUCGUCAGACUGUUCCCGCCAUUCCUGCUAUCCCUCCCCUUCCUGCGCCACGUGCUCGAGAAAGAGAAGAUCGCCACCAUCACAAUCAUGCCCAUCCAACUGGACCAUAUCGCGAUGAAGAUGUUCUGCUUUCACUUCAGCUUCUAGCAUAUCUAAGCAAAUAUCCUCACGUCCGUCAGGCGUUCUACAAGAAGCGUAAUGGAUUCCAUCCUGCAAGUCCGUUGGCCGUGAUGGCCGCCAAGGCCCAAGCCGACGCGGCUGCCACAGAGGCACCAAAACCGCCGGAGAUGGUCGCUUCGAGCUCAAGUAGUAAUAAGACACAAACUGUCAAAGGGCGCGCAGGGGCAGCACAAGGCAGUCAACAACUAGCAUUUCUACGUGCACUUGGCGUUUCAUCUGCAACUGUUGGCGCGAAAGACAAGGAGAAGGGCAAAGGCAAGGUUGCAAAUAAACCAGCUGUGCAAACCGCUCCAGUACCGACAGCGACAACGACAGUCCCAAACCCUGCCACGACCCGACCUGGUUACGAGACUAAUGUUUUCUCUCUUGUUGAACGAUUCACGUUCAGACCAUCCUCCAGCGAAACUAGCCUGCCCAACCCACCGCCGAGGCUGCCUCCGGAGAUUCAAUACUGGGCCGGCGUGAUCAUGCGAAAUGCUUGUCGCAAGGACGAUAGUCGUGGUGGAAUCCGUCAGUGUGCCAACAUGCUUUGUGGGCGUUGGGAGGAAUAUCCCCGUGAAUUUGCCAAAUGUCGUCGAUGUCGCAAAGCCAAAUAUUGUGGCAAGGAAUGUCAGAGUACGGCCUGGAGCGAAGGCCAUCGGUUUUGGUGCAGCGCAAAGGAGGGAGACGAUCCUGCACCUGAGACGUCGAUCGCCUCCACUUCGAAUGUGGUGCCGGUCUCGGUGACUAUCCAACCUCCUGCUGCUGCUGCUGGCGGUGUCGAUACUCAGGACAGAAGGGAUCGCAGAGAGCGGAGAGAACGUGAUGGCCGUCUUGUUUCCCCUCCCCCCUCAAGUCCGGAAACAGCCACUGUUAGAGAGUUCCCGAUUCCGAUCCAAGUCGCUGCUGGAGCUGUCAUAGGAGGGGCACCCGUCACUAUCAACAAUGCUACAGCUGGCCCAAGCCGCGAAACACAAACGCACGCAGCAGGUCGACGUCCGGUGAUUCCUGGUCGGCAAACAACACACCCACUUGGACCUAUUGGCUCACCCGCACCUACCCGUCGCCAACGGGAUGCUCGAGAGGGCGAGAGAGAUAUGACUAACAGUUUCGCGACUUUUGAUACCUAUCUUGCGGAAAGGCAGCGUCACGAAACCGCGAUGGCGACUGGCCAGGGACAACAGAUCUCUAUGCUCCACCACCCUCAACCACAGAAUCCUGCAAACUCGCAUAUUAGUGUGUUGACAACGGGUGGCUUUUCUGGCACAUCUCGGAGAAGAGCGGCGGAACCAGGUUCUAGCGGGAGUCGGGGAGAUGGUUCUGCAGAAGACAUGGUGGAGUGA